AUGGCUGCUCUUAGAAUGAAUAAGACAGACUCUGCGGACCAGUUGGCUAUCAGUAACGUCGAUGCUAAGGUUGAGCCCUCCGUCGAUGACCAGUUAUCUCUGCAAUCUUCACCCCUCACCAAGACACCCACCCCUGUUGUAGAAGAUGAGCUUAUGUUGAGCCCCAAACCGCGACCCGUUGAAUCCGCAGCCGCAACGUCAACUCCAGCGCCUAGUCUAACUAAAAAUCUCGACAAAAAUCCAGAAUCUUAUUCAUCCAUCCCUGCAGACAACAGCCACAAACGUGGUAGACCUCGUGCUGGCAGACGUGGUCAUGGAAGGAGAGUGAUCACACCCAGAGUAUCAAUCAUUAGCAGCUUAUUCCAGAACCCGCUAAGACAACGGGCACCACAAUCCCGUCCUCAGCCGUUAAAGAAAAUUCCAGAUACCCGUUGUUCCAAUCAAUCGACUCCAAAGGAACCCCGCCCACAUGACACCCAGAUUACUGAGAAGAACAAACCUACCGCUCAAACAACUAUAGAAAAAAGUAAAAAAGUCAGAAAAAGUACCACUGCCGUCAGUCGUCAUGGGCGUCGUCCCACUGCACCACCGAGUUCUCGAUCAAAACCACAUUCCUCUACAGCGGUUUCUCUUGCAUCGAAUGAGCUCGAAUCAAAUUCUGGGCUUGAUAUCAGUCAAACAUCUCCAGUUUCUGACACGACAGAACCAAUGGUAGAUGAGGUACGGGCGCGAUUGCUACAAAUGCCUGAAAACAGCCCAGUGCAGUCUAGGAUGGAACCAUUCAAAGGUGAAGAUCAGCAGAGCACAUUCCGUACUCUCCCCUUCACUGGUCAUAACUUUGCUAAAAUUCGGUCUUCCAGUCUGAAGGCAUCGAAUUCUCUCCCUUCAUCCCCAUCCUCUCUGGACUCUACCCUAAGCUCAUCCAGUUCAUCACUUUCCAAGGAGGAAUAUCCUUUAAUCAACGAACGACCAUCUAUAAAGCUCGAACAUCGAGAAGGUCUUUCAGGUAGUAUUGAGCAGUUUGUACCUUCUGUUUCCACCGGUGCUCUUGCCGAGGCCAAACAGACUCGUUCGACACCUUUCAGUUCAUCACCGUCAUCUUCCACCUUAACCUUGUCAACUUUAUCCUCCAUUAGUACGGCGAAGCAACAUACGACUGCCCAUUCCCCAGUGUGCUCGUCGACUCUCCAUCCCAGUCCGACUUCCAACUGUCCUCCACCACUUCUACCACUGGCAACUUCAGCAUUUGAUGUUUGUUCACAGGAUGGGUUACUAUCGGGUUCAGCAAAUUCAGAUUCAUGUGCUGUGAUUCCGCCACCAACUCUAGUGC